AAAAGAAAGAAGCUGCGACACUCACCGGAGGGGAUUCUGCCCGAUGUCGCCGCCGUUGACAGAAUUAGCAAAUCGGAUUAGCCGAGUUUUGAUUUCAUCUUCCAGACCUACGGGAUCAUGGAAUUCAUCGCUUGAACAAGCCCUACACCAUCUCGGCUGCCGCCAUUCCUUGACUCACUCACUCGUAGCUCGAGUCAUCCAUCCGCUUCUCCAAGGCCACCACUCUCUCGCACUCGGCUUCUUCAAUUGGGCCUCACAGCAACCCCGUUUCUCUCACAACUCUCUCACAUUCGGAACAAUCCUCAAAUCUCUAUCCAAUUCCCGCCAUCUCAACGUCAUUCACAAGCUCCUCAAGGACGCCAAAGCUCGCGAAAUUCAGCUUGAAGUCGACGUUUAUCGCUCUAUUAUUUCCACAAAUCUCCAAGCUAACAAAUCCCACGACGCUUUCUCCAUUUUCAAGACUGCUACAUCACAAAAUUCCGAUCUUGGACCGGAUACAUGUAACUCCCUCCUCGCCGCUUUAGCCUCUGACGGAAAUAUUACUGAUGCACGACAACUGUUCGACGAAAUGAUGCGCGCUGGUGUUUAUACCAACACGCUCGGUUUCGGCGUUUUCAUGUGGAAAUUCUGUGGGAAUGCGGAUGUGGUUGAGAUUCUUAGUUUGUUGGACGAGGCCAGGAAGGGACAACACUCGUUAAUCAAUGGUUCGAUCGUUGCAGCUCUUAUUGUUCAUGGACUUUGUCUGAAAGGCAGGACAAAAGAUGCUUUCUGGAUAUUAGAAGAGUUGAGGACAAGGGAAUGUAAACCUGACUUCAUAUCAUAUAGAAUUGUUACAGAAGGGUUUCGUCAAGAGAGAAACGUGGUGGAUGUGAUGACGGUCUUGAAAAGGAAACGUAAGCUAGGUGUAACGCCCAGGGCUAACGAUUACAGACUGUUCCUCCUUGAAUUGAUAUCUGAGAAACGGAUCAAGGAAGCAAAUGAACUGGGUCAAAUUAUUGUAAGUGGAAAUUUCCCAAUCGAUGAAGGUAUGCUUAACUCUUUAAUUGAGUCAGUUUCAACAGUUGAUCCCCAUUCUUCAGUUUUCUUACUCGAGUCUAUGAUAACAAUGGAGAAACUUCCACCCAUUGCUACACUAACCAUUUUGUGUAAGAACCUAUGCAAACAUGGAAAAAUAGAUGAAAUGAUGGAAAUUUUCAAAAUGCUAUCAAGUAAAGAAUACUUUUCUGACUUGGAGAGUUAUCUUGUGAUGGUUUCAUUUCUCUGCAAAGCUGGGAAGGUAAGAGAAGCAUAUGAGAUUAUAAAGGAGAUGAAGAAGAAGAAGGGAAUCAGUCCAGAUUUGUCGUUUUACAAUUGCAUUAUGGAAGCAUGUUGCAGAGAAGAUCUUUUACGUCCUGCUAAAAGAUUAUGGGAUGAAAUGUUUGCCAAUGGAUGUCCUGGAAAUUUGACAACAUAUAAUAUUCUUAUCCAUAAAUUCUCGGAAAUAGGUCAGAUUGAUGAUAGUCAGAGACUGUAUAGCCAAAUGAUGGAGAAAGGGAUAAAACCAGACGAAAAGACAUAUAAAUACCUUCUUGAAGGACUUUGCAAAGAAAGAAAGCCUGAAGUUGCCAUUGAACUCUUCUACAAGUGUAUUGAACAGGAAAGUAUACUGCCUACAUUUAUCCAAUCUCUGUGUGAACAAGGUUACUUUACUGUUGCGUCUAGCCUACUUUGCAACCUUCCUUCUGAUAUUGCAGCCUCAAACUGCCAUUUGACGUUUCUGAAAGCUUCUACUGAAGCAGGCGAGCUUCCAUAUGCUAGAGAACACUUGAAGUGGAUACGGAAGAACUCCUCGCCAUCUCUGUUGGACGCCAUAACUUGUGAUUACAAUGAACCUAUGUUGGACUUGUUUCAAAUUGGUCAAGCACAGGCAUUCUGAAAUCUGAAUAUACAUGAAUGGAUAGUCAUUGCAGCCUCAAACUGCCAUUUGAAAUCUUCAACUGAAGCAGGCGAGCUUCCAUAUGCUAGAGAACACUUGAAGUGGAUGCGGGAGAACUCCUCGCCAUCUCUUGUGAUUACAAUGAACCUAUGUUGGACUUGUUUCAAAUUGGUCAAGCACGAGCAUUCUGAAAUCUGAAUAUACAUGAAUGGAUAGUCAUUGCAGCCUCAAACUGCCAUUUGAAAACUUCAACCGAAGCAGGCGAGCUUCCAUAUGCUAGAGAACACAUGAAGUGGAUGCGGGAGAACUCCUCGCCAUCUCUGUUGGAUGCCAUAACUUGUGAUUACAAUGAACCUAUGUUGGAAUUGUUUCAAAUUGAUCAAGCACAGGCAUUCUGAAAUCUGAAAGUACAUGAAUUGAUAGUUAUUGCCUCAGAUUUGUUAUUUUGUAAUGGUUAUCACUGGUCAUGAACUUCAUCA